AUGGCUGAAAAACCUCGCUUCGACGUGCCCGACGGGGCUGCUGCUAGAGUCAGCAUCAUUGACUCUUCUCUGCGUCUGUCAAAGCUGGCUGCUUCGCAUCUCAUGAAGCCUGCCAUGAAGGGUAUGGACUAUAUGCCCACGGUGACCACAUGGUCGUUCUUGGUUGAAAGCUCUUCUGGCAAGAGAGCGCUUUUUGACUUGGGAGUGCCCAAGAACCCGUUGGAGAACUUUUCGCCAAUGUGGUGCAAGACCAUUACUGAUGCCAAACUUGGUGUUGAUGUUCCCAAGAAUGUGGCAGAUAUUCUGGAGGAGAACAAUGUGCAGCCUUCUCAGAUUGACAGUGUGAUUUGGAGUCACCAGCAUUUUGAUCACAUUGGCGACGUCUCGACCUUUCCUGGAUCCACAGAGCUCGUCGUCGGACAAGGAUUCAAGGAAGCCUACUGCCCUGGAUACCCAGAGAAUCCCAACUCUCCCAUUCGGGAGGUCGAUUAUAGGGGACGAAACUUUCGAGAAAUCAACUUUGACGAGAAACCUCUCAAGGUUGGCCCAUUCAAAGCAUUCGACUUCUUCGGCGAUGGGUCGUUCUAUCUCCUCGAUACUCCCGGCCAUGCAGCAGGUCACCUCGCCGGUCUCGCCCGUACAACAACCUCUCCUCCUACAUUCAUCCUCAUGGGUGGCGAUCUCUGCCACCACGGCGGUGAAAUCCGACCAUCUCCUUACCUCCCCAUGCCCUCCAACUUUUCCCAGCACCUUACCCUUUCCGAGUCCCUACGCUCUCUCCUUUCACGCUGCCCAGGCAGUGUAUUUGACGACAUCAACGUCAAGCGGGGCCGCAAAGCAGGCGAGACAUUCUUUGAUCCGAAUAUCGGAGAAGACAUAGAGUUGGCUAUCAAGACGAUUAAGGAAGCACAGAAGGCGGAUGCACAGGAUAACGUUUUCUUUAUCCCUGCGCAUGACAGGUUUGCCAUGGGCGUUAUAGACGUAUUUCCCAAGACAGCUAACGAUUGGAUGGCAAAGGGAUGGAGGGAGAAGACGCUUUGGAAGUUUUUGGACGAUUUUGAGGCUGCAGUUAAAGAUGAAGCAAAGUAA